UGCAGCUAAAGCUCAAAAACAAAUUACUAGUACUAAUCAAUAUUGGAGAAUUAAAAGAAAAGAAAAAGAAAUACGCACCAGCAUAAAAUAUCGCGUUACCAUCGUCCUUUUGGAGAGAUCUGUAAACCCCGGUCCAUCGUCGCUGCUCCUCUUCCAUUAUUUGGCAGUUUAAAGAUGGGGCUGUCUUUCACAAAGCUUUUCAGCCGGCUCUUUGCCAAGAAAGAGAUGCGUAUCCUCAUGGUAGGUCUCGAUGCCGCUGGUAAAACAACCAUUCUCUACAAACUCAAACUUGGAGAAAUUGUCACCACAAUUCCUACCAUAGGGUUCAAUGUGGAGACUGUAGAAUAUAAAAACAUUAGCUUCACUGUUUGGGAUGUUGGUGGUCAGGACAAGAUCCGUCCAUUGUGGAGGCAUUAUUUCCAGAACACCCAGGGCCUUAUCUUUGUUGUUGACAGCAACGAUCGUGAUCGUGUAGUUGAAGCAAGGGACGAAUUGCACAGGAUGCUGAAUGAGGACGAGUUGAGGGAUGCUGUCCUGCUUGUUUUUGCCAACAAGCAGGAUCUUCCAAAUGCAAUGAAUGCUGCAGAAAUAACUGACAAGUUGGGCCUUCAUUCCCUCCGUCAACGCCAUUGGUACAUCCAGAGCACAUGUGCAACUUCUGGUGAAGGUCUCUAUGAGGGAUUGGACUGGUUGUCCAACAACAUUGCCAACAAGAGUUAAGCUCUUCAGCUCGAGAUGACCCUAAACCCUUCAUCACUCAGGUUGUAGCAUUUUAUGCUGACUGCCACGGUUCCAGUUGACCACGUCACCAUAUUUUGUCUUUCACUGUAGUUAAAAAUAAUUUUUUAGAGUUCUUGUCAACCGUGUGGCUCUUUGUAUUGCUGUUAUGUGAAAUGCUAGAAUCAAGUUCUAUAACAGAAACUGCCUACCAAUAUCGAUUUUCACUUUUGAUGUGCCUAUCAUGUUAAUAAAAUUUCAUUCUCAUGA